GUAGUCGUUCAAAUUCAUGGCAUAUUUUUGGAAUAAAGUGAAAGACAAAAAAAUUCCUGGAUGUUUAUGUUGAUACAGAGUGGCGAACACAUUAGUACGUGAUUGUUCAACAUAACAAAUAAUAUUAUCGGUGUACGUUAUACAUGAAAAAACAUCAACAGUAAACUUGACACAAAUUACAGUGCAUUCAAUGACUAGAUAUAUUUGGCCAUUACGUACGCUGUGUUAAAUGAAAUUGAUUACAACGAAAAAAUUGGGAUAACACUAUAACCAAUAAACUCUGAUUGCACUAUCUUUCCUCAAUAUUUCUUUGCAUAUGAGAUUUUUCUAUGAAAUUUUUCUCGAGCCGAUUUAUCAAUUGGCCCAUUCUAUCCACUCGCACUGUGAUUAAAUUACUUGGAGAUAAUGUAUUUUGUUCACGACAAAUUAAUCAACUAUAAUAUUUGAACUUUAUUCCCAUAAAAUACUUUUUCUUGCAACUUCUCGAGUAAACGAAAUUGAAAAAAUUUCACCAGUUUAUCGGUUUGAAACUUCUUGAACGACGACAAUAAAAAAAAAUAGUAAGAAAUUGAUUGUGUCGUUUUCAGUAAAAACAAAUAACAGAAAAAAUUACAAAUUGUAAACAUUUAAACGAAGUAGCACGAACAGAAUAAUUUGCUGACUCUCAUGCAACUGUAUGUUACAAUGAUUUGUAUGUAUGUAAAUGAUAGUUCGAAUGAGUGUCAAUAUUGUCAGUUCUGUAAACUGUAAACUAUGGAUGCAUUUAAGUAAUCUCUUUUUGAAAUGAAAAAAUAAGUGAAGAAAACUUCUUAUUUUUUCAUUUGAUUAACUGAUACAGUAUGUUCAACAACAACAAUAAUUAAUCUCUUUUUAUCGUAAAAUCCUAUUCCAGUACCAUAGUGUAGUUCACUCCAUUUUGAGCUGAUAAAUAGAAGUUUGUACAAGUGACAUUAUUAAAUGCAACUCAUAGAAAUUGUUUAAAAGGCGAAUCCAUAACGAAGAAAGGAGUCAUUCGUCGUCGCCUUUAAGCAUUAUAACUUUGUUUCUAUAAGAACUAUAAGCGAUGUCGUUAUUGAGCCCUGCAUCACCAGUUCGUUUAAGUGAACUUACAAAUGGAUUUGGCCAUUUUACAUCGGAUUUAUAUCAGCAAUAUGUUCAAAGUACAAAUGAGAACGUGAUUUUUUCACCAGUAUCUAUCCUAAAUGUACUCGCGCUGCUUUCGACAGCCGCCAAUGGAGUCACAUACGAGCAAAUGAAUAAAAGCUUAUAUUUAAAUGACAAUAAAACAUUCACAGCGAAUCAGUUUUACGAAAUCAGUCGAUUUCUUAAAAAUAAUGACGAAAAAACAUCGCUAUUGAUUGCAAAUCGAAUUUACGCAAACGAACGCUAUACCUUAAAUAAAACGUUUGCAAGUAUUGCUGCUAAUAAGUUUUCAUGUGGAAUUGAAGCGCUCAAUUUUGACAAAAACACUCAAGCAGCUCGAAACAUAAAUGAUUUCGUUGCAGAGAAAACAAACUCGCAAAUCAGGGAUUUCAUUCAACCCGAUAGAAUCCAAAAAGACAUUAGUGUCAUACUAAUAAAUGCCAUCUAUUUCAAAGGCAGUUGGAAACAAAAAUUCAACAAAACGCUCACCUCUGCCGGUAAUUUUUAUGUCAAUAAAAAUAAAACAGUUCAAGUUGAUUUCAUGAGAAUGAAAAGUGGUUUUCGCUACAUUGAUUAUGAAUUCGAGCUGAGUGCAUCGGUACUUGAAAUUGAGUACACCAAUUCAAAAUAUUCGUUCAUCAUUCUUCUACCCCGGAGUCGAACGGGACUGUCUCAGCUCGAAAGGAGAUUGAAAAAAUGCAAUUUAACAAGACUAAGCCAAGAUUUGGUUUCUCGCUACCCGCUAGAAGUUGAUGUUCGAAUUCCAAAAUUCAAGGUCGGAAUGGCAAUCGAGUUGGAUGACCUGUUGAAAAAAUUGGGCAUGGUUGACAUUUUCGAUCCACACAAGGCCGAUUUACAGGAAAUUUUGGACACCAACCAACAAUUGUAUGUAUCUGAUGCUCAUCACACAGCAUUCAUAGACGUUAAUGAGGAUGGUUCAGAAGCGGCAGCUGCAUCUUCUUUAUUUUUGAAUCUACUUUGCGCUCAACCCAUUGAAAAUCUAUUUCAUGCUGAUCAUCCGUUUGUUUAUUACAUUUGGAACAAGGAAAUUGAAGCUGCUGUUUUCAUCGGUCGGAUUACAAAGUUCGAUUGAUGCAACCAGAUAAUAUAUUGAACUAACUGGUCAGCUGAGCUGACAGUACGUUAGCCAGCUAAAUGGGCUAAAACAAUAAAAGUUAUUGUUAUAAUGAUU